UCAACCUAAUCUUUGAAUCAUUUUUGUUUUCAUUCGAAGUUUCACUGUUUAAUAAAUUGUUAUCAAUUAAUUAGUGUUUUCAAUUGAUUUUUUUCAAUACUGUGUUUGCAGACAUCUUAAUUUGUGCCAGAAGGUAUAGGAGUAGUUUUUCAGUGUAAAAAUAUGGAUGUUAAACCUGAUUCUGAUUUGGUUGCUGAACCUGCCAAUGAAGAGGAGGAACUGUCAGCUGAGGAGAUUGAGGAAAGAAGAAUCAAAUGUAACCAAUUUAAACAAGAAGGGAACGAAAAAUUUAAAGAAAAAUGUCUCGAUGAAGCCAUUAAUUUGUAUUCUAAAGCUAUUGAUCUGUGUCCUCUUUCCGAUAUCAAGGAGAGAUCAAUUUUGUUCAACAAUCGGGCGGCUGCUUAUUUUCACAAACAUGGAGAAUUAAGUGAGCAAACUAAUGAAGAAGAAGUGAAUGAGGUGGAUGAAAAAGAUGAACUGGGUGAACCGAGUGAAACAGAAUGCACUGUGAAGAAAGAAAGUUGGCUUGAAAAAUGUGUUGCAGAUUGUACAACGUCAAUUGAUCUUAAUCCAAGUUAUGUAAAACCAUAUUUAAAGAGAGCUCAAGCUAAUCGAAAGAUUGGAAAAGAAAAUUUGGACAAAGCCUUGGAAGAUUAUGAAAUGGUUUUAAAGAUGGACCCGUCAAUUAAAGAAUCGUAUUCUGCCAUCAAUGAAUUGAAAGUAGAGAUUGAUAAACGCAAUGAAGACCUCAAAAACGAGAUGAUUGGAAAACUGAAAGACAUUGGAAAUGUUGUUUUGAAUAAAUUUGGCCUCUCCACCGAUAACUUUCAAAUGGUCAAAAAUCCCGAAACUGGAUCCUAUUCCAUCAACUUUAAAAGUUGAUAGUUGAUAAUUAAAUACAACGACACAACAAAACAAUGUACCGUAUUUAAAACAAAAGCUGAUGUAUUUAUUAAGAUGAAAUCAUUUAAUUCCUCAAUUUGUUAUGCAACCUCUUAAAAAAUGUAUUAAAAAUCCUUUUCAUGUUAA